AUGGCUUUAACUCAACGUGCACUGACCACGUGGGCUUCAAUGGUGAUAUUCUUGGUGCUGCUCACUAUACAACUGCAGACCAAACAGAAACAGAGUUGGUAUUUGAUAUUCAUGCCGAUUUGGUUGGACGAUGCACUUACUGCGCUGUUCAUAAUAUGCUCUUGUGUGCAUAGCAAUUCGUGCCAAGCGAUGACCGAAAUGCCCGUGUUCUGCGGUAGUCGUAGGUGCAUAAUAUUCGUCAUAUGUUUGAUGAAAAUCAUUGCCCAACUGACUCUUUGCUAUAAGUUGGAAAAUCAAAACCCUCAAUUACCAAUUUACUACAUAUUCUUGCCCAUCUGGACGCUCAUUGUUUACUUGAUAAUCAUCGUAAUACCGCCUCUUGUUAGACAUUACAAAGACUAA